UAGCUACUUGUAUUUGUUUCCAGAUGGACGAGAUAGACACCAUGUUCAUCAACCUCCUGGGAGAGAUAGAUGUUCUCAAAGAGAGUCUGGAGACGCCGGAAACUUCUCAACUAGAACGGGACUCAGAGACAGACCACUUCUCCUUUGGCUUCUCAAACCUAAGAGAGUCUCUGAACCAGCUGGAAGAGCAGGACCUGGACAACCUAGUGGCGAACCUGAGCCUGGAUCGGACCACGACCACAGAGCUGACCACCGACCUUACCGCGACCACAGACCUGACCACAGACCUUACCGUGAACACAGACCUGAGCACAGACCUUACUGUAACCACAGACCUGACCACAGACCUUACCACGACCACAGAGCUGACCCUGCUGGACCGGACUCCGACCUCAGGUCUGACUACAAACCUGACCCUGGACCCGACCCCGACCUCAGGUCUGAUCCAAUACCCGACCACAGACCUGACCCCAGUUCAGAAGCACAUCCCACAUCAGAACCUUGUGCCAGAUCAACAGUUCCUACCGAUCACCCCCUCCAUCUCCCCUAGCGGCACUACCCCCAACGGCAGCCCGUCCCAGGGCCCUGUGGCGGUCCCAGGCCCACUCUGCCUUGGGUCUCCUCUCACACAGCCCCACACGAGUCCAGUCCAGUUGAAGGCAGACAAGGUCAGACUGGCACUGGAGAAACUCAAAGAGGCUAGGAUUAAGAAGCGGAUCGUCAAGGUACUGAUGUGCGACGGCAGCUUCAAAAUGCUGCUGGUGGACGAGAGGCAGAGCGUGGGCGGGGUGCUGGAUGUCCUGAUGGAGAAGACCCACUGCGACCGCGCCCUGGACUGGAGCCUGUGUGAGAGCAACCCGGAGCUGCAGACCGAGAGGAUCUUCGAGGACCAUGAGCCGUUAGUAGAGAGGUUGAGUUUGUGGGGCCGCAGCAGUAAGAACACCAUCACUUUUGUCUCCAGGCCUGAGAAAUACUCCCUCUUCAAAGACCCCCAGGUUUUCUACAUGUGGAGAAACUGCAGUGAUGCGCUGGGCAACACUAAAGAAAAAGACAAACAGCUUCUACUGAAGGAGAACUUCGAAGGGGACUCUGUGAGGGUCCCCGACCUGGAGGGGGUACUGUACCAGAAGGAGAGCGGCAAGAGGAAGUGGAAUCAGCGCUUCUUCCUGCUCAGGGCCUCUGGCAUCUACUAUAUACCUAAGGGCAAGAACAAGUCAUCGAUCCACCUCAGCUGCCUGGUCAGAUUUGAAAAUGUGAACAUCUACCGGGCCAGCGGCUACAAACAGAGAUACAGAGCCCCCACUGACUUCUGCUUCGUCCUGAAGCACCCCCACCUCCAGCAGGAGUCAGAGUACACCAAGGUGCUGUGUUGUGAGGACAAACACACCCUCUCCCUCUGGAUCAGCUCAGUCAGAGUGGCCAAGUAUGGAGCCGCCCUGUAUAAGAACUUCCAGGCCGGGGUCCAGCGCUCCGUCACUCAGGCGGCCCCCCUCCACCUCCUCCACUGCACGCCUGGCGCUCCACCGGCCGCCCCCUGUGCGGUCCGCAGUGGUACGACCCCAGCUCCAGCUGGCAGUACUGCAGUACUCUCUGGAGGGAGCACUGUCUGUGACAUCCCCGGGGACCACCUCCCUGAACCUCCACCAGACUUCAUCCCACCCGCCCCCCGCAGUGACACCGUCCUGACCGGAGCGCCCUCAUUCCCUCCUCCUCCCCCUCCACCAGACACCAGACACAGUCAUUUAUAG